AGCAGAGCACACCGGAAAAAUGUUUAGCAUUUGAAAUUGAACCAUCAAGAUCAUCAUUGAUCAUCAUCAUAUUAUGAUGGCAUCAAAAGCCCAUGUGGACAACACAGUCAAUGAACGUCGUCUACGUCCAAUAUACGAAUGGCUGGACAAUGGAAACAAUAAAAAAGCACUUCAAGAAGCUGAUAAAGUAUUGAAAAAACAACCAACAAAUCAAUGUGCAAGAGUAUUAAAAGCACUUGCAUUAUUACGUCUUGGUAAAGAAGAUGAUUGUCAGUUAAUAAUGGAUAAAGUACGUAGUGAAAUACCAUGUGAAGAUGCAACACUACAAGCAAUGAGUAUAUGUUACAAAGAAAUUCAUCAACCAGAAAAAAUACGUGAAGUUUAUGAGGCAGCAGCAAAAGCUGAUCCAACAAAUGAAGAAUUAUUAACUCAUUUAUUUAUGUCAUAUGUACGUUUAGGUGAUUAUAAAAAACAACAACAAACAGCAAUGUCAUUGUAUAAAUUAUCAUCUAAAAAUCCAUAUUAUUUUUGGGCUGUUAUGAGUAUUGUUAUGCAAGCAAUUGAAGCUGAUGAUAAAUUAUCGAAAAAUAUAAUAUUACCACUUGCUGAAAGAAUGGUGCUAAAACUUGUUAAUGAAAAUAAACUUGAAGCUGAACAAGAAGUACAAUUAUAUAUUAUGAUAUUAGAACGUCAAGGUAAAGACAAUGAUAUAUUAAAUGUAUUAUCUGGUAAAUUAGCUGAUAAAUUAUCUGGUAUUGAUGAAAAAAAAGCAAUGUUAUAUCUUAAAUUAAAAAAAUAUGAUAUUGCUGAAAUGUCAUAUAAAAAAUUAAUAAUUGAUGAUCCAGAUAAUUGGACAUAUUAUUUAAAUUAUUUAACAUCAUCAUUAAAUAUUAAUAAACCAAUUGAUUGUUUAGAAUUUUUACAAAAAAUAUCAGAUAAAUGUGGUAAAAAAUAUCGUGGACCACAACUUGGUAUAUUUGAAUUAAUAAAACGUACAAAUAAUAUUGAAUUAUUAAAUAAUAUUGAUAUUAUUAAAUUAAUGAGAAAAUAUUUUAAUCAAUUUGGUAAUAAAGGUUGUGUUGUUGGUGAUUUACGUUUGUAUCUUAAUUUAUUAACAGACAAUGAUAAAUUAUUAUUAAUAAAUAAUAUUAAACUUGAUGUUGGUCUUGGUGAUUAUGAUGAUUUACCAACAACAACUGAUCAAUUAUUACGUCAUAUACAUCUUGAAGAAAUUAAACGUAUAUGUGGUAUGCAUCAUUCACCAAUUAUUGAUACAAAACAAAGAAAUAUUAUUGUUAAACAUUUAUGUAAUUAUUAUGAAGCUGGUAGUAAAUUAUGUCCAUCUGAUGAAAGAUUAGUUACUGAUUUUGCACCAUUUGAUUCAUAUAUUACAAUUGUAUCACAUUUAUUAAUUCAAAUGUGGUAUGAUACUAAUGAUGCUAAAUAUCUUUAUCAAACAAUGGUAUUAUUAGAACGUGCAUUAUACACAAGUCCAGCUAAUUUUCAUUUAAAAAUAAUGCUUGUUAGAGCAUAUCAUGAAGCUGGUCUUAUUGUUGCUGCAAAUUGUGCAUAUUCAUUUCUUGAUGUUAAACAAAUACAACUUGAUUCAUUGGGUUAUUUACAUGCACCAUUAUUAGCACCAAUGGGACAUUUAUCUGGUGCUGCUGUUGUACUUGAUCAAACUGUUAAAUUUUCAGUUGCAAAUUAUAAACAUAGUGCUGAUCGUUUAACAUUUGCAUAUAAAUAUGGUAGUUUUGUUAAAAUACAAGAGUUUGUUGAAUUAAGAGAUAGACUUGAAAAUUCAAUACAUUUUUCAACAUCAACUGUUGAUAAAAUGUUACUUGAAUUAAGUUGGUGUGAUAAUCCUAAAAAUUUUAUGGCAACAUUAAAUCCAAUGAGGGUACAACCACAUGAAGAUUCAAUUAAAUGGGAUGCAUUACGUGAUAAUCGUGAUCUUGAGGUUGUUGCUGGAUGGGAACCUUUGUCUGAUUCUAAUGAUCCAAGAAGAUAUGAUGAUACACGUGCUUGUAUGAUACAAAUAUUAGCAGCACGUAAUUCAAUUUUACGAAUAAUAGCAGCAUCUGUUGAAGAAAAAUCAUCAACGUUACUUGCUAAAUUAUCAAGUGAAUUAAAUAUUAUAAAUAAUGAACGUAUACCAAAGUGUAUUGAUAAAUUUAUGACAAAUGAUAAAAAAAUAAGAGUUGAAAGUAUACUUGUACCACUUGAUGCUGUUGAACGUGUACGUGAAGCAUAUGAAUCUGAACAAUUAAGUAUUAUUGCUAGACUUGCUGAUUCGAUAUCACAAUUUUCGAAACCAGAUUCUGAUUGUAUUGAAGCUAUACGUAUAUCAAAAUCAUUAAUUCCAUUACCAAUACCAGAAUCAGAUGGUCCAGUAUCUUAUAAAGAUUUUUUUUUGAGAGCAUCAACGUGUGGUGAAACACUUGCAUUUUUGGGACUUAUUUGUGUUGCUUCAAUUAGUAAAUCACAUCCUGAAGUUAAUAAUAGAAGAAAUAGAAAAAAAAAUAAUCGUGACAUAUCAUCAUUGACUCCUGAUGACACCCAGAGUUGGACAGAAAUGGGCAAUUUACUUACUGAAAAAAUUCAAAAGUUAGAAACUAUAUUGAAUGAUCUUCAAUCACGUCCACUUAUAACUGGUCUUGAUUCAGAUGUUUAUCAUGCAACACAAGUUGUUUGUGGACGAGCACGUGAUAGUAUUGAACGCUGUUGUUGCACAUUAAAAGCAAGAUUACAGCUUACUGCCAAACUAAUUAAUAAUCUUCGAAGCUAAUGCUAUAUAAAUUAGCAAAAAACAACAAAAAAAAAAUUAACCAAUAACAAACAACAAUAAUAAACAAAUAAUAUUUUAAAAAAACGUACAAAAAAAUUAAAUUUCAAAUAAAUAUUAAUUUUGAAAAACACUACAAAUACAUCACAAUAAUUAAUAACAAUAAUUAAUAUUAUGAAAAAUAAAUCCCAAUCAAUGUGUACAUAAGCCAGUAGUACCUCACCUUAUUUUUAUUUUAUUUUUUUUCAUAAAUAAAUGACAAAUUUUAAGAAAAGAAAAGAAAAAAAAAAAAAU